CCAAAAAAGGGCAUAGGGGCGGGGACAGCCCCGGGCCCAACGGGCCGUCCCAUCGGCUUUCGGGUCUGUUACCCAAAGAAUGAUAAAGUUGGUUUUAUUUCAAGAAGUCGAUCGAAAAGAAAGCCCCAGCGCUCUAGAGCUCAGCUGACGGGAAAGGGGGUGCGCAGCCUCCAGUUUGAGAGCUACCCGGAGCCGCAAAACAGGGGUGGGCUCCAGCUCCCCGCACGCCCCGACCUUCCAUCGUAGGUAACGCGGAAAAGCCCGGGAGAGCGUUGGUGGCGUCCGAGAGCGAGGAGCGGGAAAGAGGAUGGGUCUGCACGGAGAGUGGAAAGGCAGGCUGUGUAUUCUGGGGAAAGUGGAGCAAGGAAGGAGCUACAGUGGCCGACGCCGGAGGCCGGCUGCAGAAAAACUAGAAAAAGUAGGGAGGGAAGAGGCAAAGAGGAGGCGUCUACACUGAGUGGGUUCUAGAGAGGGAGGGGUGGACUCCGUAGAUGGGGGUAGUUCACUCUCGAAACCUGGGGCGUGCUCUGUCCUGGAGGAGGGAGGCGGGCAGUCGGGGGGGAAUUGGAUGGAGGUUCUGUGUUGGGAAUGUUUCGGGAGAUCUUAUGUAGGGGGACUGUGGAAGGGGGUCUACACUGGGGUAAGUGCAAGAGGUAGAGGCUUACACGUGAAUCGAUUCUGCACUGAAAUAACUAGGGAAAGAGGAUGCUACCCUGAAAGUGGGGAUACUUACUUUCGAUGAUGUGGGGGAGAGAGGAGGUCUAUACUGCCGGAAUUGAGGGAGUGGAGGGUCUGCAUUGAAGACGCUGGGGAAGGGUGUGCCAUGGACAUGGGAAGGAACCCUAGCUGAUUAGGGAGCCUCUCGGGAGGAUGGGAGGAUGGGAAGAGGAGGUUUCCUGUUUGUACCCCUGAAAAUAUGGGUGAAGGACCUGUGCCGUGGCCCGUGAGAAGGAGAUCUGGGUGCGGAAACUCCAGGCCAGGUGGGUCCGGGGGAGGCCGGUCGCGCCCAGGAAAUGCCCUAUACGCGCAGGCCGGACCAUGGGAACCGCAAAGCCACGGAUCCUGCCCUGGCUGGUGUCGCAGCUGGACCUGGGGCAACUGGAGGGCGUGGCCUGGGUGAACAAGAGCCGCACGCGCUUCCGCAUCCCUUGGAAGCACGGCCUACGGCAGGAUGCACAGCAGGAGGAUUUCGGAAUCUUCCAGGCCUGGGCCGAGGCCACUGGUGCAUAUGUUCCCGGGAGGGAUAAGCCAGACCUGCCAACCUGGAAGAGGAAUUUCCGUUCUGCCCUCAACCGCAAAGAAGGGUUGCGUUUAGCAGAGGACCGGAGCAAGGACCCUCACGACCCACAUAAAAUCUACGAGUUUGUGAACUCAGGAGUUGGGGACUUUUCCCAGCAAGACACCUCUCCGGACACCAAUGGCGGAGGCAGUACUUCUGAUACCCAGGAAGACAUUCUGGAUGAGUUACUGGGUAACCUGGUGUUGGCCCCACUCCCAGAUCCGGGACCCCCAAGCCUGGCUGUAGCACCUGAGCCCUGCCCUCAGCCCCUGCGGAGCCCCAGCUUGGACAAUCCCACUCCCUUCCCAAACCUGGGGCCCUCUGAGAACCCACUGAAGCGGCUGUUGGUGCCGGGGGAAGAGUGGGAGUUCGAGGUGACAGCCUUCUACCGGGGCCGCCAAGUCUUCCAGCAGACCAUCUCCUGCCCGGAGGGUCUGCGGCUGGUGGGAUCCGAAGCGGGAGACAGGACGCUGCCUGGAUGGCCAAUCACACUGCCAGACCCUGGCGUGUCCCUGACAGACAGGGGAGUGAUGAGCUACGUGAGGCAUGUGCUGAGCUGCCUGGGUGGGGGACUGGCUCUCUGGCGGGCUGGGCAGUGGCUCUGGGCCCAGCGGCUGGGGCACUGCCACACAUACUGGGCAGUGAGCGAGGAGCUGCUCCCCAACAGCGGGCAUGGGCCUGACGGCGAGGUCCCCAAGGACAAGGAAGGAGGCGUGUUCGACCUGGGGCCCUUCAUUGUAGAUCUGAUUACCUUCACGGAAGGAAGCGGACGCUCACCACGCUAUGCCCUCUGGUUCUGUGUGGGGGAGUCAUGGCCCCAGGACCAGCCAUGGACCAAGAGGCUCGUGAUGGUCAAGGUUGUGCCCACGUGCCUCAGGGCCUUGGUAGAAAUCGCCCGGGUAGGGGGUGCCUCCUCCCUGGAGAACACUGUGGACCUGCACAUUUCCAACAGCCACCCACUCUCCCUCACCUCUGACCAGUACAAGGCCUACCUGCAGGACUUGGUGGAGGGCAUGGAUUUCCAGGGCCCUGGGGAGGCUUGAGCCCUCGCUCCUCAUGGUGUGGCCUCUAACCCCCCUGUCCCCCACCACCUCAACCAAUAAACUGGUUCCUGCUAUGAUCA